GAAGAGAAGGUGAGGAAAGCACUGCUGGCGAUGAUCGAGCUGGACGUGGACUGCGCGUUGUUUGACAGCGCUGCCGUGUGGUCAGCGUUCUGGUCCGUGGACGCGGAAGUUCGGGCGUUUGCGCAAGUGUCACGAUGUUCCCGCUGCUCCGAGCUUAUUUAGAUGCAAAAGACCGGCUUUUCAUUCUACCACUCAACUCACCGACUACGGCACAAUCACGAUGAGUGAUAUUGACAACUUUGGCACCGUCCCCUC